GGCCCGGGCGGAAGCAGGAAGUGGGGGAGCCGCGCCGCGCACACCGCGGAGCGGGCGGGGGCUGCGGCGGCGCGGUCCGGCCGGGCCGAUGGCGGAGAAGUUCGACCACCUGGAAGAGCACCUGGAGAAGUUCGUGGAGAACAUUCGGCAGCUCGGCAUCAUCGUCAGCGACUUCCAGCCGAGCAGCCAGGCCGGGCUCCACCAGAAGCUGAAUUUCAUUGUUACCGGCCUACAGGAUAUAGAUAAGUGCAGGCAGCAGCUUCACGACAUUACUGUACCUUUAGAAGUUUUUGAAUACAUAGAUCAAGGUCGAAACCCCCAACUCUACACCAAAGAGUGCCUGGAGAGGGCUUUAGCCAAAAAUGAGCAAGUUAAAGGCAAGAUUGACACAAUGAAGGGAGGUGAAGUGUGCCUUCAGCAUGGCUGCAGACACUCUUGUGGUGGGCUCUCCAGGAAUUGUGUUCAUGGAAGAAAUUUAAAAGCCUGCUGAUUCAAGAACUUUCUAAAGUGUUUCCAGAAGAUAUGGCUAAGUACCGAAGCAUCCGGGGUGAGGAUCACCCGCCUUCCUAAACCUGCGAAGACCCCAAGUCCUUGACGGACCAGGACCAAGCCAGCAGGAGGCCAUGACUGUCCGCACUGAUGGUGCCUUCCUGCCAGUGUGGACUGGCCCUGGACCUGUCCCCACCCCUGCUGUCCCUGUCGGUAGACCUCGUGGGAUUCUGGGGCUGGACGAGAAGUGGAGCGGAGCCCCUCUGUCUCUGUAGCCCUUGACUGUGGUCCCACAUCCUCAGAGUGAUUCCUUUCAUUCUCUCAGUGGGCAAAGGGCCCAGGGGGAAUCCUGGAAAUGUUAAGUGUGAUCAGUAAAUUAAAAGUUCAAAAAAUUCUA